AAUAGUUGCUAUAAGUAGGAGUGUACACUGUACAGGCAACAUUUCGAGUGGAAAAAAUGUCGGUUCCAGUUCGAGUUGUGUUUUUGCUUCUUUCGCUGCUGCUCUUAUAUGGCAGUGCCCACAGCAACUCUUCCAUUUAUGACCCCUGUCGCAGUCAAAAUUACACCACACCGGAGGAGCAAAGAUCAUUCAUUGACAACUGGCCUAAGGACUGGAAUGCCAGUGAACUGGAUCGCUCAGUCAAGUGCUAUGCGACCUGCAUACUGUUCGAAAUGCAGCUUUUGGAUAAAUCUGGGCAUUUGCACAUGGAGAAGUAUCUGGAAGCGGAGGCCCUGCAGGAGUCGUGGCCCGACAGCGUGGACAACUGCCGCACCGAGUUAGCCGAUUCAUACGAUUCGUGUGAAUAUUUCUCAGGCAUGGCCAACUGUCUGUUGUCGCUGAGAGCAGCCCGGGAAUGAUAAUGAUUCCAAAAUAAAGCUUUCGAGACUCUCUCUCCCUCUCUCUGUCCCCCCCGCCC